GAGGAUCGAAAUAAUAAAAAAACAAACUGAAUUGAAUCAACCAAGGCUCUUGUGAAUUGAAUCAUUUCCGGAAAUUAUUAUCAAUACUCAGCCCUAGUUGUUUGUUGUCUAGUUUUUUACUGUAGGCAAGCAUUAGAAAACCAGAAAUCACCUAUCUAUUCUUUUUUUUUUUUUUUGAGACCGCUUUGGAACUCACUAAUGUGCUCACUUGGUUUACACAAGAGUUCUAAAAGUUUAACACUACCAAGACCCAUAAUCAUAUCAACUCAUCAAGGAAAAGUCUGAAUAUUUUCCUUUCUGGUUAAUAUUCCAGUGAAUGUUCAACAAGUCUGCUUUUAUUUGGUCUGUUAAGCCCACACUCAUAAUGGACAUGUUCAAACAGGGGGUUCUUUGUGGAUUUCAUGCCCGAAAUGAGCUCAGGCGCUAGAGUUGAUGGUGGGCUUUUUAGAGGCGCUGCAGACUUUCUUUCUUUCCCUUUUGACAGAACAUCUGUAUGAGUGCAGAGUCUGCGGUGUCUGAUGGGGGACAUCGGGACUUAGAUCCCUAAUCUGAGGCAGGGCUGUGCAAUUGCCCUGAAAUAAAUAUCUAACCGAAUGAAUGAAGGAAGGGAAACCUAAUUAUGUGGGACUCAGCCACACACAGAUGAUUAAUGGAGAGACUCAACAAGAAGCUCUUUGAACUUUGAGUGUGUGUGUCAAACACCGUCGCUAAUCGUAUCAACCUCGAUUAACUUUACUUCUUCCAACUGGAAAAGGCUGUUUGAAGGAGGAGAGUCGCCGUGUCCCUGAGUGUGUAUCUGUGCAUGCCCCCAUACCCCAGCCCUCCUCCACCCCCUCUUUACAGGGCUGCCAGCCCGUCUAGAGUUAUUCCAGGAAUGCGUUGAACAUGGCUGCCGCGAUGAAGACGCAGAAAACGGGACUGCUGGAACUUCGAGUGACGGUGGACCGCUGGGUCCGGGUGCUGGCCACACUGAGCGAGGACGCGCUCACUCUGAACCCCGGCGAGGGCGCCGACGAGCCCGCGAAGCCCAGCCAGAGUCCCGCAGGUGCUGUCAACGGAGACCCCCCAAACCUGAGCUCGUCCCCGGUCCCGGAAACCAUCACCAACGUGAAGCGCACCGUGCGGGUUACCAAGCAAGAUGUGGGCGGACUGGGCAUCAGUAUUAAAGGAGGGAAAGAAAACAAGAUGCCAAUCCUCAUCUCGAAAAUUUUUAAAGGCCUGGCAGCUGAUCAGACUGAGGCACUUUACGUCGGGGAUGCCAUACUGUCGGUCAAUGGUUACGACCUACGGGAGGCUACACAUGAUGAGGCCGUACAAGCACUCAAAAAAACCGGCAAGGAGGUUAUCCUGGAAGUGAAGUACAUCAAGGAGAUGUCUGCUUUCUUUAAAAGCUCCGGGUCCCCCGGAGCAACUCUCCCCUGGGAGUCUCCUCCCUCCACUCCUCAGAGGGGCCCCGAGCUCGCUCCUGCUGAGGUGAAAGAGCCUCGCUGCGUACCUCUGAAGAUGUGCCAGGUGUCACGGAAACAGUGCCCCCCAGACACAGAAGACAGAUACUUUGAGAUGACUUCGUUCAACAGAAAGAACUCUGUGUUCCUGCGGGCGAAAGAUCCCGCCAUGGCUCAGUCGUGGUACAACGCCAUUCAGGCAGCUGCCGGCAGUCUUUUACCGCAGGUGAAGGAGGAGUUGAAGAUCAUGCAGCCUGGGAUACAAAUCAAACACCUGGGCUGGAUCACAGAACAGAUGUCUCAGGGUCCAGAGAAACCAGUCCUGGCUGUGUUGACUGACAAAGACCUUCUGCUGUACCCAUCACUGCCUGAAAACAAACAGAACCUCAGCAGCCCCACCAAGAACCACCCACUCAUCACCACCAGAUUGGUCCACUCCGGUCCAGGAAAAAGUUCUCCGCUUGUGGACUCUGAGCUGUCGUUUGGCCUGCGAUCAGGAACCAGGCAGGGCGUGGAGACUCAUGUGUUCCGGGUGGAUUCGGCUAAAGAGCUGUCCACUUGGACCCAUUUGUUGGUGGAGGGUUGCCACAACGCUGCUGAGCUCAUCAAAGAGGUCACCACGGCCUGCAGUUGGAACGGGAAAGAGUGUACUUUAGGAGUUCACAUCGACGAGGGUUUCACACUAUAUACAGAAGAAAUGGGCGUCAGGAAAAGCGUUCUCUUCCAGCAGCCCUUCGAGCGCCUUCGAAUGUCAUCAGACGACGGAGUUCGAAUGAUGUUCCUCGACUUUGGAGGCCCUGAGGCGGAGCUUCAACUGGAUCUCCACUGCUGCCCGAAGACUCUAGUGUUCAUCAUCCAUUCGUUCCUGUCGGCCAAGGUCAAGCGGCUGGGGCUGCUGGCGUGAUGAGGACCGGCCCAUCAGAGCGUCAAAACAAGGACAGCCGGUGAAACGCCUCAGAAGAAGAUGCUGACGAAACCUUUAUUUUGGUCACUCCAGGUCGGGCACACAGCGGUGCUGCUUGAGAAACAAACAAAAAAAAAAAGUGGGGCUGAUGGUCCGUUGCCAGUGGAGGUGCCUGACAUGCGUCAAAGCUGCCCGAGUACAGUAUGUCUUUGAGAACCGGAGCUGUGUGAAAACAACAGCCUGGACCGUAGAGCGCUUCCUGUUUGUCAACCGUUUAGUUUAGUUUGAUUUAAUGAGUCACAGCAGGCCUUUUCAUCCCUCACUCCGCCUCAACGUUCUCCACAAAAAGUGUCGGACUAACUCUACUUGUUUUAUUUUUUUUACAUAAAGCAGCUUCGGUAUAGCGACAGAGGGGGCGUGGCUUAUCCUCAUCAUGCAAAAACAAGUUUGUAACGAGAGAGUUUCUUUUGUAAAACAACACACACACAAAAAUAUGAAAUGUUUUCAUAAUUUGUGAAGCAGCACUACGAUAUAAAAGAUUUCUAUAACGUUGAAAUGAAUGCAAUGAAUAAUAAGAUAACACCAAGCUGAAUCUUUGUAGCCUUUUAUUAGCUUAGCUUAAUUUAAUUUCACAAUCAGAUCUUUGUUUUGAUUCCUUUUUUAUUGAUUGAUCACAUUAAUUUCACUUCAGUAAACAGAGAACAGAAGCUCCCUAUCAGACUUUGAAACAUGCUGUUUACACAGUAGGAUGUGGUCAUCUGUUAUGAUCCAUUUAGCAAUCCGAGGCCUUUUUCUCCUUUUUUUCCCUUCAAAAGUUGUAUAUUCUUAUUUAAACAAAGGUGUGCCUUGCAGCGUUGUUUGUAUAUAAAAGUGUAAUAAACUUUGGUAACUUUUA